UUUAACCCAAAGCACAAUGAAUCGGAGUCUGAUCCUCAUUCAUUUCCUGGCCACACUUGUUUGCCUCGCAAGUGCGCUGCGCGGAAACGAUAAUGAAGGUAACGACUAUACGUGGGGUACCAAGGCGGCAACCAGCACGCUCAUCGCCCAAGAGACCAUCAGCAAGAAUAAGAUGAUCUUCCAGACGACAACCAAGACAUACACGCUCACCCAAGCUGGAACAACCCCAAAGACAAUAGAAUACAUCAAGAUUACAGAUCUAAAACGUAUGCGAGGCGCCACCGCGGAAAUCACAGACGGUGGUGUAGGCGCUACAACAGUCACUGUCAAAUUCACAUCCGCUAAAGGCAGCGGAAUCAAAUCGCAGAUCGAAAUCUGGGGUGCAUAAAAUUUGCUCUGUAAUAAACGCUUAUUUGUUAUGUCUAGUA